CUGGGGAUAUGGGUACUUAAAUGAGUUACGCCUACGUAAAACCAUAUCCCCGUUAUUCCAACCUCUUGAAAGAUAAAGAACAGAGCAAGAACGACAUGGCAGUCUCCGAAGUGAUAAGCGACCAACCCUCUCUCAUCCCCCAAAAGAGGUCCGCCUCAAUACCCGACAGUGCCCCAAUUCCUAAAAAGCACAACACUACUACAAGGACGAUCAGAAAUAGAUCGGACAAGAAGAGAGAUGACUCCCCCGAGCCCAAAGAUUCGAAAUCGACUAAGAAUUCGACCGAAGGCGAAGUGUUCAGACGCCUUGAAGGGGUUCGAACGGAGAUGGCCACUAUUAGUUGGUAUAUGGAUCUUCCAGAGGCGCUUAAUAUCCCGGAAAUUCUUUUGGACGUUAGCAUCCCUAACAUGCCUGAAUGGCCGGAUCAGGACACGAUUGAUAAGUGGCUGGCGCAGAGACAUAGGAAGCCGGUUGAGGAUAAGAAGGACAAGCACGAUGAAGGGCCGGAGGAUAAGAAGGAGGGAAAAAAUGAAGAAGCAAAGGACGAGAAACUGAAGGACGAACCAACGAAGGAUGAUCAUGAAGAUGUUAUGCAGGAAGAGUAAUUAGGAUGCCCC